CGGGAAACUCCUCGGGAUUCUCCGUACACCGAGCUCUCAUCCGCAUAUUCUGUUUGACGUGUUGAAGUGCUUCUUAAGGAGAAUUCUGGGGAGAUUUUUCUUGCUCUUUCUAUUCCUCAAGGAUAUGAGGCGGCACAGCGGCCCGGCGUCCUGAACCAGCUCCCGCCUUUUUUUCUUUUCUUUUUUUACUUCUUCGUUCCAGGAUGAACCAUGAGCAAAGGUUGUGAGGGCCUGCUUCUAUCGCCCUGUCGUACAGUGAGGCAGUGAGCUCACGGUGGAUACAGCAUGCAUGUGUCGACAUAUCCCAUGAUGCACUCUGCCAGUCCAGGCCUGCUCCUCCUCAGCUUCCUCUUCCUCGCUGAUGCCGACUCACCCCCCAGGUUCACGCGAACCCCCGAAGACCAGACAGGAGUCCAGGGGGGAGUGGCCUCCUUCGUGUGCCAGGCCACUGGGGAUCCACAGCCCAAGAUUGUCUGGAACAAGAAAGGCAAAAAAGUCAGCAACCAGAGAUUUGAGGUGAUAGAGUUUGACGACGGGUCCGGCUCGGUCCUGAGGAUCCAGCCACUGAGGACCCCCAGGGACGAGGCCAUUUACGAAUGUCACGCCUCCAACUCUGCAGGAGAGCUCACUGCCUCCACCCGACUGAGCGUGCUGCGGGAGCACCAGCUGCCCUCGGGGUUCCCCACCAUAGACAUGGGCCCCCAGCUGAAAGUGGUGGAGCGCUCCCGGACCGCCACAUGCUCUGCGCUGCCAGCGGCAAACCCUGACCCAGAAAUACCUGGUUCAAGGAUUUUCCUGCCGGUCAACACGUCCAAUAACAACGGGCGAAUCAAGCAGUUAACCACAGAGUCCUUUGGUGGCACGCCCAUACGAGGUGCCCUCCAGAUAGAGAUGAGCGAGGAGUCAGACCAGGGGAAGUAUGAGUGCGUCGCCACCAACAGCGAUGGGACACGCUAUUCCACUCCAGCUAACCUCUAUGUCAGAGUGCGCCGCGUCCCCCCUCGCUUCUCCAUCCCCCCCGCCGACAGCGAGAUCAUGCCGGGAGGCAACGUCAACAUCACCUGCGUGGCCGUGGGCUCCCCGAUGCCGUACGUGAAGUGGAUGCUGGGGGCGGAGGACCUGACGCCCGAGGACGACAUGCCCAUCGGCCGCAACGUCCUGGAGCUGACCGACGUGCGCCAGUCCAACAAUUACACGUGCGUCGCCAUGUCGACGCUCGGCGUGAUCGAGGCGGUGGCGCAGAUUACCGUGAAAGCUCUGCCGAAGGCCCCCGGUAACCCUGUGGUGACGGAGAGAACUGCAACGAGCAUCACACUCACCUGGGAUUCCGGCAACCCUGAGCCUGUCUCCUACUAUAUCAUACAGCACCGAGCCAAAGGGUCCGAGGACCCCUACAAGGAGAUCGACGGCAUCGCCACAACGCGCUACAGCGUGGGCGGCCUCAGCCCAUACUCCCACUACGACUUCCGGGUGGCGGCGGUCAACACCAUUGGCCAGGGCCCCUCCAGCGAGAUGGUGGAGGCCCGCACGGCCGAGCAGGCCCCGUCCUCGCCUCCUCGGCAGGUCAGAGGUCGCAUGCUGAGCACCACGACGGCAAUCAUCCACUGGGAUGAACCAGAGGAGCCUAACGGACAGGUGGUGGGCUACAGAGUCUACUACACCUCAGACAACAUGCUGCCAGUCAACCAGUGGGAGAAGCAGAUGGUGCGCAGUGCCAACUUCAUCACCAUCCAGGGCUUGACCCCCAACAAGACUUAUUACAUCAGAGUGCUGGCCUUCACCUCUGUGGGAGACGGGCCCCUGUCCCAGGACCUGCAGAUCAUAGCCAAGACCGGAGUUCCAUCCCAACCUUCGGACUUCAAGGGCGAGGCCAAGUCCGAGACCAGCAUCCUGUUGUCCUGGGUUGCCCCGCCCCAGGGCGGCCCCGACAACCAGAUCACGGGAUAUGAGCUGGUCUACCGACGAGCUGACGACACGGAGGAGAAGAAAGUGAGCUUUGAGCCCACCACCUCCUACCUGUUGAAGAACCUGAAGCCUUUCUCCACCUACACCUUCCAGCUGGCUGCCAGGAGCAAGCAUGGGAUCGGGGCGUACACCAACGAGGUGUCCAUCGACACGCCGCAGACGCUCCCUUCGGCGCCUCCGCAGGACAUCACAUGCGCCAGUCCCAGCUCUACCAGCAUCCUGGUAAGUUGGGCUCCGCCCCCCGUGGAGUUUCAGAACGGCGUCAUCACCGGAUACUCCAUCCAGUACUCCACUACUGAGGGCCACAAAAUGUCUAAAAGUGUUGACGGAAUUCCCCCGGAGAGUUCUCCGUACCUCCUGGAAGACCUGGAGAAAUGGACUGAGUAUGGCAUAACGGUCCGGGCGCAGACGGAAGCCGGGGAUGGGCCGGAGAGCUUACAGCUGCUCAUCCGCACCGAGGAAGAUGUUCCAAGUGGUCCUCCGCGGGGGGUGGAGGCACAGACUGUGAACGCCUCGGCCGUUAGGGUGAAAUGGCGAGCACCGGCGCCCGAACGGCAGCACGGUCAGGUCCGAGGCUACCAAGUCCACUAUGUGAGGAUGAACUACGGAGAACCUCAGGGUCAGCCGUUCAUCAAGGACAUCCUCAUAGAGGACUCGCAGUGGGAAUAUGGUGACUCAGCAGAAUACGAGGUGCUUCUCGGAGACCUGAAGGCAGACACUGCGUACUCUGUGUCAGUGGGAGCUUACACUGCCAAGGGAGACGGCGCUCGCAGCAAAGCUGUUACCGUCUGCAGCGCCCUGCCACUGCCCGAGAAGCCCAAACUGACUGUGACCGCCACCGAUUCGGGCACGGCUCUGCUCCAGUGGUACCCGCCGCCCCAUCCGCCCACUUUGCUCCUGGGGUACCGCCUCACCUUCGGACGCGUCGACGUCCUCCCGUUCACGGUGGUGGAGUUCCCCACCAAGGAGAACCGCUACACCGCCCAGGACGUCCACAAGGGAGCCAACUACGUGUUCAGGCUCUCCUCCCGCAACAAGAUGGGCUACGGCGAGGAGGCCGUCAAGGAGCUGACCACUCCGGAGGACGCCCCGAGCGGGUACCCUGAAAGCAUCAACUCGGAGGAGGCGUCCGCCGCCUCCCUCCGGGUGGCGUGGAAAGCGGUGCCGCUGAUUGAGCAAAACGGGAAGAUCACAAAGUACUCGGUGCUGUACAGGGACAUAAACAGUCGGGUGAACGCCUCGGAAGUCCUGGUGCCCGCCCCGGGGGCGAGUGUUUUGUUGGAGGGCCUGAGCGCCGAUACUGUGUACGAAGUCAGGUUGUGCGCGUUCACAGCUGUCGGCCCCGGGCCGUUCAGCCCGAGUGUCCAGUUUAGGACGCAGCGGCUAGACCAAGUUUUCGCCACCAACUUCCGAGUGAAAGCUGCCAUGAAGAACUCCGUUCUGCUGUCCUGGGAGAUACGAGACAAGAACCCCGCCCAGCCGUUCACCAUCCUGUACGGAAAGGGCCAGUCCGUGGAGGUGGACGGGAAGCAGACCCAGAAGCUGAUCGCUGGCUUGGAGCCGGACACGCAGUACUCCUUUCUGCUACACCAACCGGGCCAACAGCGCCGGGGGGUGGGGCUGCAGCACCGCGUCACCGCCACCCCACCCGCGCCGGACAUCCUGAAGACCAAGCCCACGGUGGUGGGGAAGACCAACGCGGACGGCAUGGUGACCGUGCAGCUGCCCACUGUGCAGACCACAGCCAAAGUCAGGGGUUACUAUGUGGUGGUGGUGCCACUGAAGAAGCAGAGAGGAGGGAAGUUCCAGAACCCCUGGGAGGAGCCCGACCAGAUGAACCUGGACGAGCUUCUGAAAGAGAUCAACAGAACCAGUGUCAGCCGCGCCCUCCGCAUCCGCAGACAGGCCGGCCAAUCGGAUCCGAGGGCCUACGUCAGCGCUCACUUCAAGACCCUCCCCCUGGAGUUCACGCUGGGUGACGGGCGAAACUACGGCGACUUCCGCAACCGCCCGCUGCAGAACGGACAGGAGUAUGUUUUCUUUGUGCUUGCGCUGUUGGACCUCUCUGAGAACACCAUGUACGCCACGAGCCCUUAUUCUGAUCCCGUGACCUCAUCGGAUGUGGACCCUCAGCCAAUCGUCGACGAGGAAGAGGGUCUGCUGUGGGUGGUGGGGCCCGUGCUGGCUGUCAUCUUCAUCGUCUGCAUCGUCAUCGCCAUUCUCCUGUUCAAGAGCAAACCUGACAGGAAAAGGGCCGAGGCCGAGGGCAGGAAGGGCAGUUUCCCCUGCAGCAAAGCCAUGUCGUCCCACCACCCCACGGAUCCCGUGGAGCUACGCCGGAUCAACUUCCAGACUCCAGCCUACCGUGUAUCAGUGUACCGUGGUUACCGCCGGUUGUCAAGCAUGGCGAGCCACCCGCCCGUCGCCAUCUCCGAGCUAGCGGAUCACACCGAGCGUCUCAAGGCCAACGACAAUCUCAAGUUCUCUCAAGAGUACGAGUCCAUCGACCCCGGUCAGCAGUUCACCUGGGAGAACUCCAACUUGGAGGUCAACAAACCAAAGAACCGCUAUGCUAACGUCAUUGCCUAUGAUCACUCCAGGGUCAUACUCUCCAGUAUUGAGGGUGUCCCGGGCAGCGACUACAUCAACGCCAACUAUAUCGAUGGCUACCGCCGCCAGAACGCCUACGUCGCCACUCAGGGAUCCCUCCCGGAGACUUUCGGGGAGUUCUGGAGGAUGGUCUGGGAGCAGCACACGGCCAACAUUAUCAUGAUGACCAAGCUGGAAGAGAAGUCACGGGUGAAGUGUGAUCAGUACUGGCCAACGCGGGGCACAGAGACCUACGGACUCAUCCAGGUCACUCUGCUGGACACGGUGGAGCUGGCCACCUACUCUGUCCGGACCUUUGCUCUUUACAAGAGCGGCUCCAAUGAGAAGCGCGAGGUUCGUCACUUCCAGUUCACGGCCUGGCCCGACCACGGGGUGCCCGAACACCCCACUCCCUUCCUGGCCUUCCUACGCAGGGUCAAGGCCUGCAACCCUCCAGACGCCGGUCCCAUGGUCGUCCAUUGCAGUGCUGGAGUCGGUCGCACGGGUUGCUUCAUCGUGAUCGACGCCAUGGCGGAGCGACUCAAGCAUGAAAAGGCCCUGGACAUCUACGGCCACGUCACGCUGAUGCGCUCCCAGAGGAACUACAUGGUCCAGACGGAGGAUCAGUACAUCUUCAUCCACGAUGCGCUGCUGGAGGCCGUGACCUGCGGGAACACCGAGGUCCCCGCGAGGAACCUGUACUCCUACAUCCAGAGGCUGACGCAGGUCGAACCGGGGGAGAACGUCACCGGCAUGGAGCUGGAGUUCAAGCGUCUGGCCAGUGCCAAGGCCCACACAUCGCGGUUCGUGAGUGCCAACCUGCCAUGCAACAAGUUCAAGAACCGGCUGGUGAACAUCAUGCCCUACGAGACCACGCGGGUCUGCCUGCAGCCAAUCAGAGGGGUGGAGGGAUCGGACUACAUCAACGCCAGCUUCAUCGAUGGAUACAGGCAGCAGAAGGCCUACAUAGCAACCCAGGGCCCGCUGGCCGAGACCACAGAGGACUACUGGAGGAUGCUGUGGGAACACAACUCCACCAUAGUUGUCAUGCUAACCAAACUGAGAGAAAUGGGGCGGGAGAAGUGUCACCAGUACUGGCCCGCGGAGCGCUCAGCCCGGUACCAGUACUUUGUGGUGGAUCCCAUGGCUGAGUACAACAUGCCCCAGUACAUUCUGCGAGAGUUCAAAGUCACGGAUGCCAGGGACGGCCAAUCGCGGACAGUUCGUCAGUUCCAGUUCACUGAUUGGCCAGAACAAGGAGUGCCAAAGUCAGGGGAGGGAUUCAUCGAUUUCAUUGGCCAGGUGCACAAAACUAAAGAGCAGUUUGGCCAGGACGGGCCAAUAAGUGUGCACUGCAGUGCCGGAGUGGGCCGGACCGGCGUGUUCAUCACCCUCAGCAUCGUUCUGGAGAGGAUGCGGUACGAGGGCGUGGUGGACAUCUUCCAGACCGUCAAGAUGCUGCGCACCCAGAGACCUGCCACCGUCCAGACAGAGGACCAGUACCAGUUCUGCUACCGGGCCAGUCUGGAGUACCUGGGAAGCUUUGACCACUAUGCAACAUAAACCCGACUGGCCGUCUCUCACGCCACAUCCCACCUUAGUGCACUUUUCUUAGGUCACACGCGGCCUACAUUAAUGCACUAGGCUGCAAUGUGUCUUCGGAGGACCACAUGCAGAGUGAAGGGGACCCAUCGGCUUAUCCCGUACUCAGAAACAGCACCUCUAACUGAGCCAUAGCAACCUGCUUGACAAGGGUGUUUCCUUUCACCCUCAGCCCCAACACACCCCGUUGGUCAGUCUGAAGAAGCAACUUCAACCACUGUUCCAAUCAGAAUACUUGAUCAAAUAUUGAUUUUAUUUCUUUUUUUGUAUUAUUGGUUUCAGUGCUUUUGUGAGCACCCAGAUUGCGUAACAUUGUUUGGGUGUGGAACUCUCACCUCGUCCACCACCAGUGUAGCAUCACCAACCUAGAUACAGGACCCGGCUACAGUAUUUAGCUGUCACAAGACAUUUAGAUUUUUUUCUAUCUUGAGGACUGUCCAGAAGGAGUCGACAAAUCCAUCUUAUGGAAGUCUCGUGGACUGACAGAACUGGGACUUUUGAGCACCAGAGAUUUGCCAACGGGAGACUGAAAACACAGAGCGCACGGUAUUGAAAAGACAAAGAAUAUAUAUCCCAAAAAAAAAAAAAAAGACACCAA